AUGUCUUCGUGCAAAGCUAUUGGAAUCGACCUCGGUACGACAUAUUCAUGUGUUGGAGUCUACCAGAAUGGAAAGGUUGAAAUCCUUGCCAACUCCGAAGGAAACAAAACAACGCCUUCAUAUGUUGCAUUCACUGAUACAGAACGAUUGGUUGGAGAUGCGGCAAAAGAUCAAGCAGCUCGUAAUCCAGAGAAUACAGUAUUCGAUGCAAAACGAUUGAUUGGACGACGUUUUGAUGAAGAAACAGUUCAAUCAGACUGCAAACAUUGGCCAUUUGGCGUAAAAGGAAAACAAGGAAAACCAGUGAUCGAAGUGGAAAUGAAAGGAGAAAAGAGACAGUUCAAUCCAGAAGAAAUCUCAGCAAUGGUACUUCAGAAAAUGAAGGAAACUGCAGAGACAUACCUGGGACAUGCAGUCAAGGAUGCAGUGAUUACUGUACCUGCAUACUUCAACGACAGUCAGAGACAAGCAACCAAAGAUGCAGCUACCAUUGCUGGACUCAAUGCCAUCCGAAUCAUCAAUGAACCGACUGCAGCUGCUCUUGCUUAUGGAUUGGAUAAAGGAAUCAGUGAAGAGAAGAAUGUACUGAUCUUUGAUCUUGGAGGAGGUACUUUUGAUGUUUCAAUCCUUUCAAUUGCUGAAGGAUCAAUCUUCGAAGUCAAGUCCACAGCUGGAGAUACUCAUCUUGGAGGAGAGGAUUUCGAUCAAAGAAUGCUCCAACACUUUAUGAAUGAAUUCAAAAGAAAGACCGGAAAGGAUAUCUCGCCAAAUCCACGUGCCAUCCGACGUCUCCGAACCGCCUGUGAACGUGCCAAGAGAACACUUUCUAGUUCAUCGGAAGCCACUGUUGAAGUGGAUUCUCUUUUCGAAGGAAUCGAUUUGUGCUCAAAGAUCACUCGUGCUCGAUUCGAGGAACUCUGUGCUGAUCUAUUCCGAAAAACUCUUGAACCAGUUGCGAAGGCUCUUCGAGACGCAAAACUCGACAAAUCCAAGAUUGAUGAGAAGAUGCUCAAGGACUUUUUCAACGGAAAAGAACUGAAUUGCUCAAUCAAUCCAGAUGAAGCUGUUGCAUUCGGAGCUGCAGUUCAAGCAGCUGUACUUUCUGGAGUCAAGGAUCACACAAUCAAAGAUGUAUUGCUGGUUGAUGUUGCUCCACUGAGUCUUGGAAUCGAGACAGCUGGUGGUGUGAUGACCAAUCUCAUUGAUCGAAACACCAGAAUUCCAACAAAGGCAUCGAAAACAUUCACUACAUAUGAUGAUAAUCAACCAGGAGUCUCAAUUCAAGUAUACGAAGGAGAACGUGCGAUGACUCGGGAUAACCAUCGUCUUGGAACAUUCGAAUUGAGUGGAAUUCCACCAGCUCCACGAGGUGUUCCUCAGAUUGAAGUCACUUUUGAUAUCGAUGCAAAUGGAAUUCUGAAUGUGUCGGCUGAGGAUAAAUCGACUGGAAAAACGAAUCGGAUCACAAUUCGAAAUGAGAAAGGACGAUUGUCUCAAUCAGACAUUGAUCGAAUGGUUAACGAGGCAAAACAAUUCGAAAAGGAAGAUGGAGAACAACGAGAACGUGUGAUGGCUCGUAAUCAGUUGGAGGCAUAUGCAUUCCAAGUCAAACAAGCUCUUGAUGAAUACGGAUCAAAAUUGCCAUCUGAAGAUUCGAAUCGUGCGAAAGAAGCUGUUGAAGAGACUCUCCGUUGGUUGGAUUCAAAUCAAUUGGCUGAAAAGGAUGAGAUUGAGGCAAAGGAUAAGGAAUUGAAUAGUGUCUGUCAAUCAAUUCUCUCCAAAAUGCAUCAAUCUGGACAACAACAACCUUCUGGAUGUGGAAAUCCUGGAUCUUCUGGAUUCAAUUCAAACAACUAUCCACAGGGACCAACUGUUGAAGAGGUCGAUUAA